UUGGAAAAGUUUGAGGGUCAAUAAAACUUGUCGAACGAGAAGUAAAACCCUAGCAUAGCAGGAACUGAACUCACUCAACUGACACUUUGAGUUAUCUCCGGCGAUUUCGCUCACGCGCCGAUCUCAUCUCCGGCGACUUCGCUAACGCGCCGAUAUCGGUGUAAGUUGGUUGAAUCAAGAGAAGACAAAAGAUGCCGCUAUAUGACUGUAUGCUGUUGCUGAAACCCCAUGUAAAGAAGGAAGCUCUGAUGGACCUUGUUGCAAAGGUUGGGAAGCAUGUCCAUAGAAAAAAUGGCGUCCUUACAGAUAUGAAGUCAUUUGGAACUGUUCAACUGGGUUAUGGCAUUAGGAAACUAGAUGGAAGGUACUAUCAGGGUCAGCUGAUGCAAAUGACAAUGAUGACACCACCGACCUUAAGCAAUGAGCUGCAUUACCUGAACAAAGAAGACCGCUUGCUCCGUUGGCUUUUGGUUAAGCAUCGAGACAUCAAAUUUGGAAUGGACUUCUUGGGUGAAGAUGAUACCAAGGCUGAACUAAGCAAGUUCAGGAGCAACUUGUACGAGGAUGAAGAAGAAGAAGAUGACGACGACGAUGACGAUGAGUAUAAUACGGAUGAAGCCGAGAGAAACAAAGUCUAGAAAGCUGAUGAAUUUCAAUAUGAGACCACACCUUUUUUGCCUGUUCAUCAGUAGUCAUUGUACCAUCUCAGUGAACAUAAUAUUGUUCGCCAAGAAGCUAGGUGGAGUCUUGUGGCUAACGAUUUUGUAGUGCAUGCUUUUGUUGCCUAAAAACUAGUUGAUUCAUUGUAGUCGGAUAUUGGAAUGUGUUUACACCAAAUAAGUGAAUGUAAGACACGCAUCCUUUUUAUACACUGUUAACUUAAUCAUGGUUAAUUCGUAGUAUGUAUUUUUGCAUUA